AUGUCUGUCAUUCAACUUGAAGAACUCGUCUCUUAUCAACUUCGCACAAGCUAUCUUGACGAAAUCGCAGACGGCGUCGGAGAACGCCUUCUUAACGUGAACGAUGGCUUCAUAAACUCGGCUCCCUUCAAAGCCGCUGGCUGGCGACCGAACUCUUCCCACCACAAGCGCACACAUUCACCUCCAAUUCCCACCGCGAUCGCUUCCGAAUAUUUUCAAGCACCAAAGCAAGCUGGACUCACGCUCGAAGACGGGGAAGAAGAUGGCGGCAUGCUCACAGCGGCCGGAUCUGACACCAUGGGCCCAGGAAUGGCUACGAGGCGACGCAGGCGUCGCGAGCAGAUGGAAGAGGAAGACAGCAGCGAUUUGAGCGACGAGAGUGAUGACGAUACGGACCAAAGGGCUGCGCAGCAGAUCAAAUUCGCCAAAAUGCCGGUCAGAAACAGAGCGGGCUCCUCACCACUACAGAACACGAAUCUUCGUCAGGUCGGAACUGUUUCGCCCAGGGCUCCUCGCCGAGGCUCACAGUCAGCGCUGGGGACAGUACAGGAGAGGGCUCGUAGGGACACGGUCACAAGUAGUGAAAUAUCAUCCGAAAACGAAACCGACAUUCCGACUGUGCAACGAUACCGAGAGGCUGCGCGUGCUGCAACGAGAGCCGCAAAGCUUCAGGCUAGAAUUAUGGAGGAGCCUACACCCGGCAUCCAGCGAGCAGACACUUCCCUCUUGCCAGAAGAGGAAGAAGACUCUGACGAGGUUUCCGACAUGUCUGACGACUAUGCCGAGAGUAUCGACUCAGCAUCAAUUCUUGACGGCGUGGAGAACGCCAUUAACGCGUCGCCUACCCGACAGGUUGUGGGAACUCCACCUAAGAACUUCGUACGACAAUCUACAAUUCGCAAAUCGAGACCACCCACCCAUCCCAUUGUCCUUGGAACGCUACCGCCUCCCAGGCCGAUGAGUAUGAUUCGGCCAUUAAGCGUUGCCCAGCCCAGGAGUUUGCUAUCAGCCGCUCUCAAAGCCAAGGACAAGAAGUCAUCCAUACCAUUCCAGAAAUUUGCACAUUUCAGCGGCCAGGGCACCCAGGGGUCUAUUGCCGAAAAGCUGGAUCCCCCUCUACCCAAGGGAAAACUAAAUAUCAAUUGGUGGACUCUACGCAUGGUUGAAGAGGGUGGCGAGGUCGAUGAUGACUUUCCUCCGUUUGAGAGGACCAAACCUUUGACAUCUUUCACGACGGUAAACAAUGCUGCCGCUCGAGGAGGAGGGCGCAUGCGAUCAAAUUCAACCGCUUACGAUGACUUUGCAUUGGCAGAGGCUUCAGAGGACGGGUAUCUUGAGAAUAAGUCGUUGACGCCUCAAGAGGAUGAGGAAGAAGAGCCAGUAACUUCACAAGACAGUGGCGGCGGCGUAGCUCUUGAUUCUGCACUGCCAGAUGAGGAUGCUACUCCUCGGGGUACUCCAGGACCGAACGUCAACUCUUUUCUUUCAGAUCGGCCACGACAGAAUCCCAUUGUCACAACGACGUAUAGAUCAAAUGCGCCUCCAGCGGAUAUGCCGCAGGCACCAGCUGCGGUUCCCAACACAUCCAGAGGACAGCAGAAGCUGCUUCGAGUUCACAUCAUGUCGGCAGACGUGGCUCCAGGUCAAAUGGUAACACUUGAUGUGAUGACAGACACAUACUUAGCUGAGGUGCUGGACGUGGUUUGCCGAAAGAGGCAGCUUGAUAAGGCCAACCAUGUCUUGAAACUACCUAGCUCAGGAGCUGUCGUCAUGUUGGAUCGACCUGUAUCAUCCAUCGGAAAUGUCACGGAUCUUGAGUUGUACCGGCGACGGUUUGCAACCGAUGGCCCUUUGACGAUGGCUGGGUCGCCGAGCAGUUCGUCGCCAAAGACGUUCCCGCUAACUGAGCAGUCCAUGCAAAAGCGCAAAAAGUCGCAAACGCCAAUGGUUGGUAGCCAUCCAUUAGCACGUGAGUCAAUGAAGCAAGACGAACUCAGCAACGCCAGUUACAAGAAGUACACGGUCUGGCGAAAACAGCCAAUGCGUAUUGUAGGCAUGAGCGAGCGUAUUCUGGUAAUAGAUGGCGAAUAUAUACACAUCAUGCCAGCGUCUGGCGGUAAGGCAUUACAAGACGGCUCAGGCAAGACAACAACAGUGCACUUCAGCAACGUAGUUGGAUGCAAAGUAUUCCGAAAACAUCCUACAAACGUCAAGCUUAUUGUGUACAAAGCGACGGAAAGUAAACGAUAUGAUUUCGAAGCACGCAGUGCGCUGGAAGCGGCUGAAAUAGUGGAGGAACUCAAGAAAGGCAUGUUCAAAUGA